AUUAAUUAGGCAAGAAAAACGAUUCGUUUUGUACCUACCAAUGUAUACAAAAACUUAAUCACAAAACAUGUUUGAAAUGUUAAUAUUAAAACGAGUACAGACUCGUUAUUUUAAACUUUCAUAUUCAUAGAUAUGUUGGGAUCGGUCACUGACCCUGCUAUCACUUUCCUAAGCCGGCGUCCUUGGACCCUGACAAAGGUAAUAUGUUUACGACGCAUGGAGAGUGGGAGAAAGCCUUUCCAGUUACAUAACCGGAGAAUCCCUCGAAAAAUGUUAGUUUGGUGCAUUUGAGCAGUGCAGUUGUAUCUUGAUUUGAAUCCCGGAUAACGUCGAGAUGAUUUUUCAGAUCGCAGCACUAUGCUGUGUUUACAUCUGGUCGGUGCAGAGUGCAGUACUGGACCCAUCACUCUACUUGUCUCCGAGUCCACCCCUAACGGACGUGAGUGGCAGUCUGACUCCUGGGGAGCUAUGGAGCAGACCAGUAGAGAGGAUGGCACGGAAUACUGGAGACACAUUACCAACUGUUACGGAAGAAAAGCCGGUGUCGAAACGUAAACCACAACCUAUGGAGAAGGCGAAGUUUUUCUGGCCAUCACUUCGGUCAGCCCACUACAGCGUAGGCACAGGAAAUGUCCAAGUUCCACUGACUUUCAGCGUCUCUGGUCUAUAUGGAAGGUAUGCCCCUGGAACCGUUGGCUCAUCAGGAGUCAUCGGCAGCUCCUAUGGAACGAUAACAGACAUUGGUGCCCCCAUUUCUUCGGGCCUAGCUGGUACUAGUUAUGGAAAAUACAGAACCUAUUCUGGAUUAAGAAUCUAUGGAGGAGAAAAUGGACCUGCGUGGAGCGGCUGGGGCAAUGGCAAGUGGGGCAACUACGGCAAGGGAUAAAAUAAUAUUGAAAGCGCAAAUAUAAACAUUCAUUACAA